CAAAAAUGUUCGUUCUCAACGUUUUAACAGCAAAGACAUUGUUAUCGACAUUAAUGAAGGCAUAUGGAGAGGAUAGCUGGCGGAGGUUACGCGAACGAAGGUCAAUUUCCGUUCAUGGCUGUCGUGCAUCGAUUGAUUGAUGGCAGAAGGGUUUCUCAAUGCGGCGGCACCGUCAUUUCGGAGAGAUGGGUGUUGACCGCGGGACAUUGCAUCGCUAGGUUUCCGCGACGGUUCUUUGUGAUAUUCGGCAUUGUCGACAAGUCCGGGAUCGGUUACAGUGUCAACAAAGGACCCGGCGUCGCGAUGAUGACCACGCGCGCUUUCGUUCAUCCCAAUUACUUCUCCAGCAAGAACGACAUCGGAUUGUUGCGCAUGCCGCGAGACAUUCCCUUCUCAGAAAAAAUCCAACCGAUAGAUCUGGCCGGUCCGAAGGAGGGCAAAGUCUUGGCCGACACGAUGGCUUACGUGGUCGGAUGGGGUCGUGACGGAUUCAGUCCGACGGGAACGAAAAAAUUGAAGUACGCCCUGAUGCCGUUAAUUUCGAAACGUAAAUGCGUCAGAUACUGGAGGGUGGAUUAUAGAAAUAUAUGCACGCAACCGGGACUUGGCAAAAACGCCUGUCAGGGUGACAGCGGAGGUCCUCUUUUCGUAAUGAGAGACAAUCGGCCGCUGCAAAUUGGCAUCGUGAGUUACGGGGACGCGAACUGUCCGAGCGGCAGACCCGGUGUGUACACCAGAGUAGCCGCGUUUACGGGAUUUAUUCGACUGGUUACUGGAAUCGAAUUUUCUUAG